AUGUCAGCGAGUGCAUGCACUGCUUUUGUCUACAACACUUUUGACGGAGAGGGCUACCCGUCCUGCUACAAUGUGACGGCUGUGCACAAUGCCACAAGUGUGGAUGAGAUUGUCGAUCUGGUCAAGGAGGCAGCAGCCUCGGGCACGCAAGUGCGUGCGGGAGGUAAGGGGCACAUGUGGUACGACACGCAAUGCUCUGACGACCCGACUGUAAUCAUCCGGACGGAGUACGUGAACGGCAUCUCGGACUUUGAGCUCGAGGAGGGUGCCGAGUCCGGGUCUGUGGUGGUGGAAGCGGGCGUCACCUUCUUCCAGCUUGCAGACUACCUGCACGAAAGAUCUGCGAACAUCGGCACCGGCCUGGUGAAUUGGAACAUUAGCCUUGGCGGGAGCGUUGCAAUGGGUGCUCACCGCACCUCGCUCCGGGAAGACGCCGUGGUCGUUGGUGGCGUGCUUUCUUUGGAUAUUAUUGAUGGCACUGGCACCAUUCGGACCAUUGAGCGUGACGACAACAACGAUGAGUGGCUUGCAGCAUCGACUUCGCUUGGCCUUCUCGGCAUCAUUGCUAGACUCAAGAUGAAGAUCUAUCCGGAGACUGUCCUCUAUGCUAUGCAAGAGACCCUGGAUGAAGACGAAGUUCUCAACGGUGAUAUCUAUGGCAUGAUCUCCCCAUACUUGACAGCAAAUUUCUGGUGGUGGCCCUACAAGAAGAAGUUCCACUGGAGAUAUUAUGAUGUGGUAAAUGACACUACCCCAAAUCAACUAGGCUUUCAGUCGACAUUCUCCGUGACAGCAGUCGAAGGCUACGCGGCCAGCGCACUGCUUAACAGCGGAAAGUAUCUGCCCUCUUCCAACUGGCUAGCAGAGGAGAUCUUCUUUGGUCUUUGGGAGAAGCCCAACUUCCACACCAAGGACACCGAUGAGGAGAUCACUGAGUGGCCCGUGACAGGCUACAACUACGACGUUCUCAUCGGUGGCCUUUAUCCAGAUCAGCGGCCCGAGUGGGAGUACGACCUACACGGCUACACGCUGGAGCUUGCGGUGCCAGUCACGCUCGCCAACAAGCUGCUGCAGAGGAUCCGGGAGCUGUUCGACGCCGAGAAGGAGAAGCUCAUCUUCAUGACCUCAACUUACCGUAGCGGAAUCAACAUCAAGUUCGGCAAGGCGCACUUUGACUUCUUGGGCCAGGUCAGCAACGGAACAACUGCCGAUGGGACGGUCUAUGAUUGGAGCAAGGGGACUAUCAUGUUCGAUUUCCCAUCUUUCCAUCCGAAUGUCGGAGAUGGCCUCCGUUACAACGAGCCUUUCUAUCACAACCUGGCGCACACUCUCAUCGAUGAGUUCCCGUGCAGGCCUCACUGGACGAAGAACACUCGAGAGAUCUUCGAGAGAGGCCUCAAGAAUCUGGAUCCGACUUAUAUCGCACGCUUCAAGGCCGUGCGUGAAAAGUUUGACCCGAAUGGUCUCUAUCGUAGUGUUGUAGGAGAGAUCAUUGGCAUGUACUAA